GGUCGCCUGGCAAGAAGGACGGUGCUGUUACUAGGCAACCCAGCUCGGGCCCGCCUCCCGAUCGCGUUGCUAGGAGACCUCGAGGCCAGGGGGAGGGCGCGGAGCGGGUCCUACGUGCUGACGCUAAUUGUAUAUGAGCGCGAGCGGCGGGCUCUCGGGUCUUUUUUAGCGCCAUCUGCUCGCGGCGCCGCCUCCUGCUCCUCCUGCCGCCGCGGCCGCCCUUCGUCGCUCCCUCCGCAGCUCCGUCCGCCUGACUCCCCGAACUAGCCGCUGAUAAUUUGCAGAUCUUACAACAUGGCAGACAUUGACAACAAAGAACAGUCUGAACUUGAUCAAGAUUUGGAUGAUGUUGAAGAAGUAGAAGAAGAAGAAACUGGUGAAGAAACAAAAAUCAAAGCGCGUCAGCUGACUGUUCAGAUGAUGCAAAAUCCUCAGAUUCUUGCAGCCCUUCAAGAAAGACUUGAUGGUCUGGUAGACACACCAACAGGAUACAUUGAAAGCUUGCCUAGGGUGGUUAAAAGAAGAGUGAAUGCUCUCAAAAACCUUCAAGUUAAAUGUGCUCAAAUAGAAGCCAAAUUCUAUGAGGAAGUUCAUGAUCUUGAAAGGAAGUAUGCCGUUCUCUACCAACCACUGUUUGAUAAGCGAUUUGAGAUCAUUAAUGCAAUUUAUGAACCGACGGAAGAAGAAUGUGAAUGGAAACCAGAUGAGGAAGAAGAAAUUUCGGAGGAGCUGAAAGAAAAGGCCAAGAUUGAAGAUGAGAAAAAAGAUGAAGAAAAAGAAGAUCCUAAAGGAAUCCCUGAAUUUUGGUUGACUGUUUUUAAGAAUGUUGACUUGCUCAGUGACAUGGUUCAGGAACAUGAUGAACCAAUUCUGAAGCAUUUGAAGGACAUUAAAGUGAAGUUCUCAGAUGCUGGCCAGCCUAUGAGUUUUGUCUUAGAAUUUCACUUUGAACCCAAUGAAUAUUUCACAAAUGAAGUGUUGACAAAGACGUAUAGGAUGAGAUCGGAACCAGAUGAUUCUGAUCCCUUUUCAUUUGAUGGACCAGAAAUUAUGGGCUGUACAGGGUGCCAGAUAGAUUGGAAAAAAGGAAAGAAUGUCACUUUGAAAACCAUUAAAAAGAAGCAGAAACAUAAGGGACGUGGAACAGUUCGAACUGUGACUAAAACAGUUUCCAAUGAUUCUUUCUUUAAUUUUUUUGCUCCUCCAGAAGUUCCUGAGAGUGGAGAUCUGGAUGAUGAUGCUGAAGCUAUCCUUGCUGCAGAUUUUGAAAUUGGCCAUUUUUUACGUGAGCGUAUAAUUCCAAGAUCGGUGUUGUACUUCACUGGAGAAGCUAUUGAAGAUGAUGAUGAUGAUUAUGAUGAAGAAGGUGAAGAAGCGGAUGAGGAAGGGGAAGAAGAAGGAGAUGAGGAAAAUGAUCCUGACUAUGACCCAAAGAAGGAGCAAAACCCAGCAGAGUGCAAGCAGCAGUGAAGCAGGAUGUAUGUGGCCUUGAGGAUAACCUGCACUGGUCUACCUUCUGCUUUCCUGGAAAGGAUGACUUUACAUCAUUUGAUGAGCCUAUUUCAUGUUUUUUUGGGUGUUUGUUUGCUUGUUUUUGUUUUUGCAGUCUAAAAUAAAAAUGGUAAAUGCAAUUUUAGUUCUCACAAGGGUUAAUGUCUUAAUUUUGUACUGAUUCAGGUUAGAAGCAGAGGCUAAACUUGGAUUAAUGAUUAUUGUGCCCAGUUUAACAUACUGAAGUAAAAAGAGCCAGUUGAACCAAAAGUAAAAGCAGAAAACCUAAAUGAUUUGAUACAUUUUUUUAAAAGAAGAAAAGUUAAAUUUCAUGGUUUUGGAUUAUAACUAGAGAGAAAGCCCUAAACCUCUAUGGUUUAUUCUGAUCCUUAAUUGCUUAGCUAUGUCAUUUACCCAUGUUUCUGUUUACUAUGUAUUAAAAUGGGUAGUACUGUUUACUUAACUACCUCACAGAUGUGUUAAGGCAUAGUACAUUAAAUUUCAUGAACUCUUUCUCAGUCUCAUUUAAAGCCUCAGAAAUUUGAACCUAUUUGUACCACAAAGUGAUACUCCGAAUUUUAUUCACACCAGGCUGUGAUACUUAAACUGGAACAUGAAGUUGAAACACCCCUAUUGUGGAUCUGGCUAGAUAACACUCAAGAUUUCAUGUGGCCACUAUUUUAAGUGAAAAUGGAUGGGGGAUGGGUUUGUUUCAAAACAUCCAAGGAUUUUUUUUCCUCAGAUAUUCUAGGUGACCAUGACCAUAUUGUAGUAAGUACUAUGGAGAUUAUGGGCCUGAAGUACUAAUAAGACUGUUUUGGGGAGGGGAAUGCCAUUAUGUUUGAGACUUCAGAGCCACAUUUAAAAUACCUCAGGCUAAUUACUGUUAAUUUUGGGUAUGAACUUAUUUUUGAUAAUGAGAAUGGACUAAGGAAGGUCUAGAGUUCCUGCUGUUAAUGAAAUUACAUUGAGUUGAUACAUUUUUAUAAGUGAUAGUUUUCUUUUUGAAAAUUUAGUAUUAAGGACUCAAAAUAUGAGCACAUUUAUGUGGAACUAUCCAUCCUCUUCCUGAGACUCCUGACUACUGGAAAUCCUUAACCAAUCACAGUAGUUUUUUCCUUUUUAUUUUCAUAAUUUUCAUAAUAUUGAUUGGACAUUGUGUUGAUUUUUUUAACCAUAUUUCAUCUAAACAUAGCUUUUUCUGAUCUUUAAAAUUUUAAUCAAAGAUAGAAUCCCAUUUUUAAUUAAAGAAGUAACAAAAUCACCUUUCCCCAUUCCUUUAGGAAAUAGCUCUAUUGCCAAAGUGAAGAGGUAGAUAAUAAUUCAUCUUGUUACAUAAUGGGGAUGUGUUUUGCAGAGGAAUUGUUUUCUUUGUAAAAUUUGAAUUUCAAGGGAUGUCAGUGUUCAUUUAUGCCAUUUCUGCAUUCCAAGAUGGUUCUAUUCCAUUUUAGAAAUUUGAAAUAUGUAAUUUGAAAUCCUUAAAUAAAAUUUGGACUUAAUUUUAUAAAAUAUACUGGUGACAUUUGGAUUUUUUUAAAAGAAUACAAAUAUACACUGCUGUUUUUGAAGAUAGAAGAGCAGAGAUAUCUAAACAGGUUAUUUGGUGCUUAGGUCACCUUGACCUGUAAAUCUGCGUAAUUUAUAAGAACAACCUCCUCAUCCCUCAAAGUAGAGUUCUUUGAAAACGAGAAAGACACUCCAUAGUUCCUGAGGAUUUUAUUCUUGGUUAUCUAUAGACAUUGAAAUUCAUAUAGUCAUCUAUUUGGGGAAAAAAUAAUAGGACUUUAUGGUUAUUCAGGUAUGGCAACUGAGCACAGAACAACAGUUCCACACAUUGCUUAGUUGCUAGUUUAACAUAGCUGCCUGACAGCACAUCUGUAAUUUCUUAAAAUUCUUAGUUUACUGAAUUGGUGCCAGUAUUACUAUUUAUAUGUGAAAAUGCAUUAACUACUUGGAAUUGGAGAGUUGGUACUUAAGAAAAAUGGGAUUCUACCUCUUUCCUUUUGAGCUCAUUUAAUAAACAUGAAAAGGAGAUAGUAACUCUGAUAAAAAAUACUUUCAUUAUUUUGUGACUAGGUUAAUGAUAGUUAUUGGCAUGUGACAGAGCCCCUAAGGUAACUGAAUUAACAGUAUUACUGCUGUUUGUAAGACUGGAUUUGUGGGUUUAUCUCAGUUGCAGGCUGUUCCUAUUAUCAAAAAUAUAUAAAAACUUCCAGUUACUGUUUGUGAAAACAUUUUACCAUGCCAUAUAGAACUAUGAAGCUAAUAUUCAAAUACUUUGAAUGCUGUGAUGAGGGCGUGGUCUAGAAUUUGAAUCUUAAAACAAAUUUUAGCCUUUAUAUUGACUUAUUUAAUUCAGGCCAAAUGUUAUUUUAAAUGUACAAAACAGAUGACAUGUAUGUUCUUUGUAGAAACUUUAGGAAAGAGAAAUACAUAUAUGUGUAUAUAUAACCAAUUUUUAAGACUUCUGCCACUGUACAUAUACUUGGUAAUAAUGAGCUCAAUUUUGAUUUGAAAAUAAGUGUUCAUAAUUUAGGUAAUUGCUGUUUAAAACACUAAGUCUAACACCUAAAAGUAAAUGUGAACAGUAAUGGUAAAUUAGUAACUGAAGUUAACUGAACAGAUGUGUUUUUUUUGUUUUUUGGUUUUUUUUUUUGUAUACUGGUCUAAAAAUCUAGAUAUUAAAGUAUAACCUGGAUAAAAGACAAGUUCACUUAAUGCUUAAUGUGACUGGAGAAAUGGGGAACAUCUUUGUUGUGUGAAAUUUUUUUCCUUAAGGUUGUAUUCAUCCACACUGAUGUAUGGUAAUACUUUGGUUUGCAAGCAUAAAUGUUCUAGAAACACGCUUGUAAUCCAACGUGACUCUUCCCAUAAGAAAUAAUGGGAACUCAGAUGAUUUCUUUCACAAGCCAAAAAAUUCAUAUAAAAGUGAUUUC